ACUUUGCAUAAAUAAAGGUAGUGUAAUAUCAGCCGCCGUUAGUUUCACUCGUCCCCUGUCACAUACCGAACAGUGGCGACGAAUCUACCCGCGUUUAUAAAAAAGUGAAAAGUAUAAUGUCUCAUUUUGGAAUUUUAACAAGUUUUGAUCAUAAUACGGGAACGUGGCAGGUGUAUAAAAAUCGGUUGUCGCAAUGGUUCAUCGCGAACGAUAUAACCAAAGACAGCGACACGACAGGAGCGAAGCGGCGCGCGAUUUUGUUGAGUGCACUCGGCGAGGCUACCUACAAGUUAGCGGCAGAUUUAGCCUUGCCUAAAUUAUUACAUGAUUUGCCGUAUGAAGAUAUUCACAAAAUUUUGGAUGCACACUUUUCUCCAAAACGCUGUGUUUUUGGUGAAAGAUUUAAAUUUUAUUCAGCUGUGCAAAAGGAGGGUGAAAGUUACACGGAAUGGGCUGCAAGACUGCGUGGACUGACGGAGCAUUGCAGCUUUUCAAAUCUCGAGGAAGCAUUAAGGGACCGUUUUAUAAUGGGAAUGCUAUCCGGGAAGGAGCGCGAGAAGCUGUUUGCCUUAGAACCUGGCAAAGUGACCUUGGCGAAAGCGGUGGAGUUGGCGGAGAGCGUGCGCAACGCACGCGCAGGAGCUGCCCCGGCCCAGGCCUCGUCGUCACCUGAUCAACUGUUCAAGAUCGCUACAAAACCUAGUGUUAGUGCUAAUGCUAAAGUGAAGUGCGCGGUAUGUGGUUUUAAAAAUCACACCACAGAGCAGUGUCGGUUCGCUAACUACACUUGCAGGAAGUGUAACAAAAAGGGUCAUCUGAAUAGGAUGUGCAAAAAAAUUAAUUAUGUGGAAAACGAGAGUGUCGGUGAGAACGGCGAUGACGGUGAGUUACUUAAUAUUCGUACUGUUAAUGGGGAACCAAUGACAGAAAUAAUUGACGUCAACGGGGUAAGAAUGAAGUUUCAGUAUGACUGCGGGUCAGCGGUUACCGCAAUUUCGGAACAGGUGUAUUUACAAUAUUUCGAACACGUGCCGUUAUCCCAACCCAAUAAGCGGUUACAUACUUAUAUAGGCGGUAAUAUUUGUUGCGUAGGCAUCGCCCCGUUAGUUUUUUCUUUUUGGGGUAAACCUCAUACGUUUGACGUUCAUGUCAUUCGUAAUGGUGGGCCACCAAUUUUAGGUAGGGACUUUAUGGCUCACUACGGUUUAGGAAUUACCACACCCGUUCAUUUUUGCGAAUCGUCAAAUAACUUUUUAGAUAUAUUACAAAAACAAUAUCCCGCUGUUUUCUCUGACGAACUAGGCACUUUUAAUAAAUAUAAAAUAAAAUUAUUUUUAAAAAGUGACUCGAAGCCCAUAUUUUUUAAAGCGCGCCCAAUGGCCUUCGCAUUGCGCCAAAAAGUUGAAAACGAAUUAGAGCGAUUAGUACGAGUAGGUAUACUAAAACCGGUCGAGUACUCGGAGUACGCGUCGCCGGUAGUGCCGGUAUUAAAACGCGAUGGGUCUUUACGGCUUUGCGCAGAUUAUUCUGUCUCAAUUAAUAAACAGCUGUUAGUUGAACAGUACCCGUUACCCACUGCACAAGAGUUAUUUACCAAAUUGCAUGGCGGACAGCAAUUUAGUAAACUAGAUCUCUCACAAGCGUACGCGCAGUGCGUUCUUGAUGAUGAAUCUCAAAAACUCACUUGUAUCAACACGCAUAAAGGGCUAUUUCUAUAUACCAGAUUAGUAUAUGGCUUAGCAAGCGCGCCGGCUAUUUUCCAGCGCGUUAUGGAGUGCGUGCUGGCAGGUAUGGACGGAGUUUUAUGUAUGUUAGACGACGUGUUGGUGACAGGAGCUAACAGGGAGGAGCAUUUAACGAGGUUGCGGGCAGUACUUCAAAGACUGCAGGAUGCCGGUCUAACCUUACAAAAAGCUAAGUGUGACUUUUUCAAGGACGAGUUAGAGUAUUUAGGAUACACUAUAAACAAACACGGCUUGAAAAAGUCACCCAAAAAAGUUGAUGCUAUUGUAAAUGCGCCUACCCCGACUAAUGUUGCAAGCUUACAGUCAUUUCUGGGCUUAGUAAACUACUAUAGAAAUUUCGUACCUAGUGCAUCGUCACUACUUAGUCCGUUAUACCAAUUGUUACAGAAGGGGAGUAAAUGGGUUUGGAAUACUGAACAUAACGACGCCUUUAUGGCCAUAAAAAAACAUUUGAGUUCAGAUCAGCUGUUGGCCCACUAUAAUCCAAACGCGACCAUAAUUUUGACCACGGAUGCAUCCCCUUACGGCCUUGGGGCUAUUUUAUCACUUAUUGAUGAUGACGGCGUCGAACGUCCUGUGUCUUAUGCUUCUCGAACGCUAAAUGCCGCCGAGAAACGUUAUUCCCAACUACAGAAAGAGGCCACGUCAAUAAUUUUCGGAGUCCGUCGUUUUCAUCAAUAUUUGUAUGGUAGGACGAUUCCUUUUGUUUUGCGCACUGAUCAUAAGCCCCUAAUAUCAAUAUUCGGUCCAUACAAAGGAAUUCCAGAGGUGUCAGCAAACAGAUUACAACGCUACGCUAUGUUUCUAUGUGCAUAUAAUUACACAAUAGAAUACAUACGUAGUGCUGAUAACAGCGCUGACUACCUCUCCCGCGCAACCCUGCCCGGUGACUCAUGCACCGGCUCGCAGUCGGGCCACGAAACCAGCGCAGGGGCAGAGUUUAUUGACGAUCGGGCUUCAUAUAUUAACUUUGUCGUUGAUGAUACAUUGCCGAUCACAUUCAACACUUUGCGUGAGGAAUGUAUUAGGGACUUAACUUUAAGGCAAGUGAUAAAAUAUGUUCAAGACGGGUGGCCUAGGAAAAUAUCUGAUUCAGAUAUACGGCCUUAUUUUUUAUGUAGGAACCAACUUUCAGUUGAGAACGGUUGUCUUAUGCGAGGCCAUAAAAUAGUGAUACCGUCAAGAUUGCAGACAAAAAUAUUAGCUGAACUUCAUAAAUCACAUUUAGGUAUAGUCAAGUGCAAAGCGGAAGCACGGAGUAGGUUAUGGUUCCCGGGCAUAGAUAAGGCAAUUGAAAGUACUAUUGGAAGUUGCCUUGUAUGUUCGCAACUCCGGCCAACACCUCCCCGUGCGCCAUUGGCUGUAUGGCCCUACCCUCAGCAGGUUUUCUACAGAAUACACACAGAUAUACUCGGACCGGUAAAUAAUAAGUCGUACUUAGUUGUCGUAGACGCCUAUUCUAAAUGGGUAGAAGUAUAUUUAUUGAACAAUACAACUUCGAAUGCAAUUAUAGCUAAAUUAUAUGACUUCAUGUCAAGAUUUGGUCUUAUGCAUACUCUGGUUAGUGAUAAUGGCACUUGUUUCUCGUCAAAUGAGUUUGCGCAUUUUUGUGCGGUAAAUGGGAUUUCCCAUAUAACUUCUCCCGCUUAUAACCCGGCCAGUAAUGGACAGGCGGAAAGCUUCGUAAAGGUGGUAAAAAAAGGUAUACGAGCAUGUUUACUGAGUAGUAGUGCAAAGGAAGUCGAUCAAAAUUUAUUAAAAUACCUAUUCGACUAUAGAAACUCAGUUCACACCACUACGGGCGUUUCGCCUGCCCAGCUGGUAUUCGGGCGGAAACUUCGUUCGCGCCUGGAUUUAAUUAUACCUAAUGUACCUGCCGCCGCGCCGCCCUCACCUGACACUCUCGCUGACGUUGUAAAUUAUAAACAGUGUUUGCAGACUAAAGCAUAUGGUGGCACCAAUAAGCAAUGUUUCAAGCCGGGUGAUAAAGUUAUGUUUAAAAAGUAUUUAAGUAACAGUAAAUUUACAUGGAAUAGGGGUGUAGUAAUUAAGAGAUUGGGUAAAACUGUAUACAUUGUGCAAGACAGUGUAACUGCAUUGCAAUUAAAAAAACAUAAAAAUCAAUUGGUAGCUUUUACAGGGACAGUGACAAACAACAAACAAAGUGGCACUAUAGACAGAGACACGACUACUAUUGAAUCGACAUCGGGUGACGACAUUGACCUUUCUCUGUCUGAGCUAUGCAGAGAGGAACCUGAGAUGACUCGUCCAGAGACAGCAGAGCCACCACAGUCCCCCACUGUGGAGGGGAGCGGAACCACGCCGACAUCUACUGCGACGACGCCACCAGACCUGCAGACAGGCGAGGCCGCGCCGCCGACCGCGUCAGCUGAUGACGGGGAUCACGACGAGUUUUUUGAAGCACGAGAACAGAGCCACGGCACAGAAGGUGCACAAGAUGCAGAGGCUCAACUCGAAGCCGUAAGUCCAAGUAGAACGGCUGGACAAAUGUCGUUGCGUCCUGUCCCUAGGGUCGAUUAUAAACCGUUUUUUUGUAUUAUGUAAUUUAG